AUGAUGCUCAGCCCUCGGCACGGGGAGGGUGCGGCCGGGAGCUGCGGGACCAGCACGGCGGGCAGAGCAUCCCUCUCCCCGGACACCCCGGGAGCCCGGGGCUCCUCGGAAGCUCCAAGCACCGACGAGCAGGAGGAGCCGCUGGGGUUUGCUUCUGGAGAUUCCAAGCUCAUCUGCAGCGAGGAUGACAAGGAACAUUUUCAAUUCAAAGACAUCAGGGAUGGGUUCAGCUCGACCUUUGAGAAGAUUGUAGAGUCUGACCUUAUGAAGGGUACAUACUACAGCAGCUUGGACUCUUUGGAUGUCCUCUCCCUCACGGACGAGACAGACAGCUGUGUCAGUUUUGAGGCCCCACUCACCCCGUUGAUCCAGCAAAGGGUCAAGGAAAGCCCUGAGCUCUUGGAGCAGAAACUCGUAGCCCACCAGAGAGAAGCUCUUCAUCACAUGGCUGCUGAUAAGCAAGAGCAGGCAGCAGUAAAACCAGCAGAGGGGGAUUCUGGAAGCCCUCUCAGGCACUCUAUUACCAGCAGCAGGUCGGAAAACGUGCUGAGCCGGUUGUCCUUGAAGAGCAUCCCAAAUGGGUUCCACGUGGAAGGGUCAGAGGAAGAUGCCACCAAGAUCAUUAAUUCCAUCAGCGACGCCAGCUUGAAAGAGACACUGUCAGACUCCGACUCUGACAUGGGCAGCACGGAGCAGCUGGACCAGGGCAGCACAGACACCUUGGCCAAUGGCUGCAGGGUGGACAGCGAGGCUGCCAAGAGGCUGGCCAAGCGCCUCUACCGCCUGGAGGGCUUCAAGCGCUGCGACGUGGCACGUCAGCUCGGGAAGAAUAACGAAUUUAGCAAGUUGGUAGCAGAGGAGUAUCUCAGCUUCUUUGACUUCACUGGCCUGACCCUUGACAAAGCACUCAGGACGUUCCUGAGGGCGUUCCCGCUGAUGGGAGAGACGCAGGAGCGGGAGCGGGUGCUGAUCCACUUCUCGCGCCGGUUCUGCCAGUGCAACCCAGAGGAGAGCACGUCCCAAGAUGGGAUCCACACGCUCACCUGUGCCCUGAUGCUGCUGAACACAGACCUGCACGGCCAUAACAUUGGGAAAAAGAUGUCGUGUCAACAGUUCAUAGCAAACCUGGAUGGGCUGAAUGAUGGGAAGGACUUUGCAAAGGAUUUGCUGAAGACACUAUAUAACUCCAUCAAGAAUGAGAAGCUGGAGUGGGCCAUUGAUGAGGACGAGUUGAGGAAAUCCCUCUCGGAGCUGGUGGACGACAAAAUCGGAGCCAGUGCGAAGAAGGUGACAAGGAUUGUUGACAGCAGCAACCCCUUCCUGGACAUCCCCCAGGCUCUGAAUGCCAUCACCUACAAGCACGGUGUCCUCACACGUAAAACCCACGCAGACAUGGAUGGGAAGAGAACUCCCAGAGGAAGAAGAGGUUGGAAGAAAUUUUAUGCUGUGCUUAAAGGGACCAUCCUUUAUUUACAAAAGGAUGAAUAUAAACCUGACAAAGACCUCUCUGAAGUGGAUUUAAAAAAUGCCAUCCGUGUGCACCACGCCUUAGCCACAAAAGCCUCUGACUACAGCAAGAAGUCCAACGUGCUCAAGCUGAAGACAGCUGACUGGAGAGUCUUCCUUUUCCAGGCCCCAAGUAAGGAAGAAAUGCUUUCCUGGAUCCUGCGAAUCAACCUUGUUGCUGCCAUCUUCUCUGCCCCAGCCUUCCCAGCUGCCAUCUGCUCCAUGAAGAAGUUCUGCCGCCCACUCCUGCCCUCCUCCAUGACCAAGCUAUGCCAGGAGGAACAGCUGAGGUCUCAUGAAAAUAAAAUGAAGCAGAUUGCAGACGAAUUAGCAGAGCAUAAAUUACAUCCUGUAGAGAAGAGCCUCAAGUCAAAAGAGGCUGAGGAAUACAGACUCAAAGAACAUUACCUAAUAUUUGAGAAGAGUCGCUAUGAGACAUACAUCAACCUGCUGUGCAUGAAGAUAAAAGUUGGGACAGAUGACCUGGAAAGAAUUGAAACCAGUUUCUUCAAGGUGGAGGCUGAUGAUGUUGCUUUGCGGAAGACACACUCAAGCCCUUCCUUGAGCCAAGGGCACAUGUCCAUCAGCUGUAAGGUGGAAAAGGACAUUUUAGAUCAGAACACCUAA